AUGUCGUCCAACCCGCCUCCGGCUCCCACCCCCGGCGCCGGCGCCGCCGAUGCCGUCAGCAAGAUCACAGUCGCAGAGACUCUCAACCUGCCGCCCUCGCCCGCACCCUCGAGCCCGCGCAACGGCCGCCGCCGGUACGCCCUCGCCACCGAGCUUGUCUACACCGAGGGCAAGGAUCAGUACGGCGCCUCGAGCAUCCCAAUCUACCAGUCAGCCACCUUUAAGCAGACCUCAGCCGCCGGCGGCCAGCAGGAGUACGACUACACGCGCUCCGGCAACCCGACCCGCACUCACCUUGAGCGCCACCUCGCCAAGAUCAUGGGCGCCCACCGCGCCCUCGCCGUCUCCUCGGGCAUGGGCGCCCUGGACGUCAUCACCCGUGUGCUUCGGCCCGGCGACGAGGUCAUCACCGGCGACGACCUCUACGGCGGCACCCACCGCCUGCUGACCUACCUCGCCGCCCACUCCGGCAUCGUCGUCCACCACGUCGACACCACAAAGGUCGCCGCCGUCGCCGCCCGCCUCUCCCCGCGCACCACCAUGGUCCUCCUCGAGACGCCGACCAACCCUCUCAUCAAGAUCGUCGACAUCCCCUCCAUCGCCACCGCUGCCCGCGCCGCCAACCCGCGCGCCCUAAUCGUCGUCGACAACACCAUGCUCUCGCCCAUGCUCUGCAGCCCGCUCGACCUGGGCGCCGACAUCGUCUACGAGUCCGGCACAAAGUACCUCUCCGGCCACCACGACAUCAUGGCCGGUGUCGUCGCCUGCAACGACCCGGCCCUCGCCGACCGCCUCUUCUUCACCGUAAACUCCACCGGCUGCGGUCUCUCUCCUAACGACUCCUUCCUCCUCAUGCGCGGCGUCAAGACCCUCGCGAUCCGCAUGGACAAGCAGCAGGCCAACGCCCAGGCCAUCGCCGAGUUCCUCGAGCAGCGUGGCUUCCGCGUCCGCUACCCGGGCCUCCGCUCCCACCCCCAGUACGACCUCCACUGGUCCAUCGCCCGCGGCGCCGGCGCCGUUCUCGCCUUCGAGACCGGCGACCCUGCCGUCUCCCAGCGCAUCGUCGAGGCCGCCCGCCUCUGGGCCAUUAGCGUUAGCUUCGGCUGCGUCAACAGCCUCAUUAGCAUGCCCUGCCAGAUGAGCCAUGCCAGCAUCGACGCCAAGACUAGAGCCGAGCGCCAGAUGCCCGAGGAUAUCAUCCGUCUCUGCGUCGGUAUCGAGGAUGUCAACGACCUCAUUGACGACCUGUCUCGUGCUCUGGUGCAAGCCGGUGCCGUCACUGUCACUCUAGAUGGAUUCCACGCCACUGGUGAAGCGGAAAAGCUUGGACAAACACCCCUGACUGCCGAAUAA